AUGGAUGGCUACUCAAAAACUUCCAUGCCUAUAGUAAAUGAAAAUGAUUUAAAUACUUUACAAACUACGACAACUUCAUCAACUACAAAUACUUCAUCUACAACUUCUUCAACAACAUCAUCCUAUGCAUCAACUACAUGUCAUAAUCCAAAACAUAUUUUCCUAAAUUUUAUAAAUGGGUUUAAACCAUUUGAUUAUUCAAAAUUACCACCAAUAUAUUUAAAUCAUUCAUCAAAAUCAAAUAUAACAGAAGAAACUGAUGAAAUAAAAUUAAUAUCAAGUUUACAAGAUGAAGAAAGUUUACAUUUACAUCCAGCACAUCCAAAUUUUGAUUAUUCAAAAUUUACUCAAUUAGAAAGAGAUGCUUUAAUUACUGCUUCAAGUCCAUUAAGUAAAAGAUUAAAAACAAGACAUAUGACUUUAAUUUCUUUAGGUGCAAGUAUUGGAUCUGGAUUAUUUAUAACUACUGGUUCUUCAUUAUCUCAUGCUGGUCCAUUGGGAUUAUUGUUAGUUUGGUUAUUUAUUGGUUCAUUAAUUUUUGUAACAAUGUCAAGUUUAUCUGAAUUAGCUACAGCAUUUCCUGUAAGUGGUGCAUUUGUUACUUUUCCUACAUUAUUUAUAAAUAAAUCCUUAGGAUUUGCUAUUGCAUGGAAUUAUGCUUUACAAUGGUUAAUUACUAUGCCUUUACAAUUAGUUGCUGCUUCAAUGAGUAUACAAUAUUGGAACACUAGUAUAAACCCUGCUGUUUGGGUAACUAUAUUUUAUAUUGUAUUAGUAUUUAUAAAUUUAUUUGGUAUAAAGGGAUAUGGAGAAAUUGAAAGUGCUUUAAGCUUAAUAAAAGUUAUAAGUGUUAUUGGAUUUAAUUUAUUAGGAAUUAUUAUUGUAACUGGUGGGGUACCUGGAACUUCAUAUAUAGGAGGUAGAAAUUGGCAUAAACCAAAUGGUGGAUUAUUUAAUACUGUUGAACCAUUUAAACAAAUGUGUUUUAUAAUAUCAAAUGCUGCUUUUGCAUUUGCAGGAAUUGAAUUAUUUGCUUUAGCAUCAGUUGAAUCAGCAACACCAAAAUUAUCAAUAAAUAAAUCAAGAAAACAAAUUUUUUAUCAAUUAAUGGGAUUUUAUAUUAUAACUAUUAUAAUGAUUGGAUUUUUAAUACCUUAUACAAGUGAAUCAUUAAGUUCUGCAGGCAGAGGUUUAGCUGAUAUAAAUACUUCACCAUUUGUUAUAGCUAUAAAAUUAGCAAAUAUAAAAGUAUUACCAUCAAUAAUGAAUGCAGUUGUUAUUAUAACUGUUUUAUCAGUUGGUAAUGCUUCAAUUUAUGCAUCAACAAGAGUUUUAAAUGCUAUAGGAGCUUUAGAACAAGGUCCUAAAUUCUUAACAUUUAUAGAUAGAAAAGGAAGACCAAUGGGAUGUUUAAUUAUUCAAUUUUUAUUUGGUUUAUUAGCUUAUUUAAUAUGUAUUCCAGGAAAUAAUACAACAAUAGAAAUAUUUGAUUGGUUAUUAAGUUUAAGUGGUUUAAGUGCUUUAUUUACUUAUUUAUUUAUAAAUAUUUGUGAAAUAAGAUUUAAAAAUGCUUUAAAUCAUAGAGCAAGAAUUCCCAAGGAUGAAUUAUUAUAUGUUUCACCAACUUGGUUAUCAUGGUAUGGAAUUAUAGCUAUUUUAGUGGUGCUAGUAUUACAAUUUUGGGCAGCAUUAUGGCCUCCAGGAGAAGGAGUUGAUGUUCAAUCAUUAUUUAAAAUUUAUUUAGGUUUACCAGUAUUUAUAUUAUGUUAUAUUGGUCAUAAAUUUUAUGAUUAUUAUUAUUUUAAUAUUCCUUUAUUGAAACUUUGGUUAAAUAAUGAUGAAAUUGAUAUUGAUACUGGUAGAAGACAAGUUGAUUUUGAAAUGGUUAAACAAGAAAUUGCUGAAUUAAAUAAUAAAUUAGAAAAUAAACCCUGGUGGUAUAAAUGGUAUAAUUUUUUUUGUUAA